CCACGAGUUUAGAGACCACGACAAGUCAAUCGCACAUCAUGGGUGCGAAAGCGUUAAAGAAGUUGUCCUCUGGACAGAAUGGCGUUGGCGCCUUCAUCCUGCAGUGCAAGAAGCUCGAUUUCCACUACUGCGACUGGGCUGGUAGCUCAAGGGGCAUGAACGCCUUCCUCCGCGAUCAACUCCCCGCCUUCGCUGCCGCCAACCCAAGCAUCGAAAUUACGGUCUCUCCCCGCCCGAGCAAACACCCGGUCAUCAAGGGCACAUUCAUCAAUGGUCGCGAGAAGGCAAUUUGUGUCAGGAACCUACAGCCGAUGUCGAUUCUGCAGAAGGCUGUUCUGCUGAGGGAUGCGUCGGGCGAGAAGCUGAAGACCGAGACGAAGCCUGUCAAGUCUAUCAACGACAGUGUGAGAGGUAUCUGGUCGCCAUACCACAGCGGGCCAAUGACGGUCUAGGGGGUGUGUAUGGGUGGAUGGUUGUGGGAUUGUAUGAAAGGAAGAAUACCAGAAGUUGGGGCAUUGAGGGCGUUUAGGGAAGACUGUAUACUAUGUAUAAAAUCGAAAUAGGAGCGAAUUACAUCCAAGACGCUGAUCGGUGUGGCAGAGGCAAGGCAGUCCAGCCUGGCAAUCGGGAAUGGGCUACAGCAAUUGUGUGUGUAAAUGCUACAAAUUGGUUCACAAGGCAAGCAUGUCUAUAUCUAGUGGGAUUGAGCGUUCGCGUUCAGCCAUUAGCGACAUGAUCACAGUGAUCCAUCACCAGCUUAUUUGAACAGACUUUU